ACGAUGUGGAAGGAAGAGGAAGACAGACUUGGUCAUCUAAGAAAGAGUGCAAAUUUCCAAGUGAAACUCCGAGAAGAAAGAGUGAUUGUCAGCUUCUGCCAAAUGCUCCGAAGAGACCUGAAGGGGCACAAGGAGAGACAUCUACAACUGCUGGCUUCUGAAGCAUGAGGGCUGGGAUCAUUUGGCUGCAUCCACUCACUGCCGUUCCCACUCUGACUGAAAGUUUUCCUCCUGGCUCUGACAGCACUGCAGCCACUUGGGGAAGCACAUAACUGCCUCGGGAGAUGGAGUUUCUUAUUUGUGUUGCAGGCCUCCAGCAGGCAUGGCACCAAGGCAAUAUUUACUUCAGUUUCUGUAACGUCAUCACAGCAGCUGCAGUUUUGGGAACUGAAGUACUGGCUGGAAGUAGAAGGAGAGGCACACCAUGCAGAAAUCAGAGUGGAAAAAAGGAGAAUUGGCAGCCAGCCUCCUCCCCCAGAAAGCUCAUUGUGUUCCUGGAUGUCAGGGGCAUUGCUUGCCCAACAGAUGGUUACCAUAAGGACCAUCUGCAGAGAAGAGAGUCCGUAGAAACUGCAGUUCAGGACAACAGCAAGACCAGAUCUCUCCUGAUGGGGUGCCGGCACACUUGGGGGAGCACAGCAGAAGAAGUACAGUGCCCUGGCCAGGAGCUUUGGGAAGAAGCUGUGUUCUCAGCCAUGAAUAUUUUCUCAGAUGGAUGGUGUGGCUCUUUCGUUACUACGUGCUUUCACUGAAAUAGAUGUGAAAGCAGUUUUGACUAGCUCAAAGAGAAGUCUCUGAUCAGCCUACAUCUGAGAUUUCCCUUAAGGUUGCUUGUGGGAGAGAAAUAAGUGGAUAAGUGCCUUUUUUUCUUUCUUUUUUUUCCGUCUCUCUUUCUCUCUCCUCAAAAGUGGGUUCUCUGUGUGUAGGAAAUAGUCCUUUGGAUAUUGGGUGUUUGUGUGCAUAGAGACAAAAAAUACAGUAUUUCAGUAGUCAUCUGCAGAAUGUUGAGGGCUGUAGUAUUUGAGAUGAUUGCAAUAUAACUUAGACUGUCGUUUUUAUUAGAGAGAGGUGGUAUGCAGUGUACUUCCUAGGAAUAUAAUUUGUUAUUUAGGGUGCAAUAAUAUUGUUUUAGAGGGUGGGAAAGAUGGUAAUUUUCCACCUUUUUACCAGAAAUUCCCAAAUGUUUUUAAUGCCCUGCUUCUCCUAGACAAAUACUUCUGUAUUAAGCUUUCCUUUCCUCCUUCCACCCCCCUUCUUCUCUUAUUCAUGUGUUUUGACAAACACAAAAUGGCUUACAAUCCUCAGAGAGCUGUACUCCAUCAUUAGACUGAUGUUUUCUGCCUCUCAGUUUUUAUUUAUGUGAAUCUAAAAAUGUGUAGCUCGCUGGCACCCCACACUGUUUCCGGUUUCUCCCAUCUUAUAUGUGCUACGCUGGCUCGUGUGUGCUUUUUCCUUGCACUUUUUCUUUCUUACGUGGUAUUACAACAUCUCUAAUACAGGAUGUCUGAACCAACGAGCACCAACAGAGAGAAGAAACAACCUCCCCUGAAUGGGCGAAGAGGCCUCCCAUCAAACAACUCCAAUGCUGAAGAAAAUGAUGUCCCUGAAAUGGAUGCUUUUGGUCUGAUACCUCGAGGAUUUAAUCCAAAAGAUUACCUGCGUGUUGUGGAUAUUCAUAUGUUCAAAGAACCCAAUGAGAUCAACAAGCAGCAGCACCACACCGACAAGUACUACAAUCCCAAGCUGAUAGUGCGUCGAGGACAGCCUUUCCAAAUCCAGAUUGACUUCAGCCGACCCUAUGAGCCAGAGAAAGACCAGAUCUGGCUGGAGUAUUUGAUAGGUCGCUACCCACAACCAAACAAAGGCACCUACAUCCCGAUCCUCAUAGGUGAUGUGCUGAAACCUGGAGAGUGGGGAGCCAAGAUUACCCACAAAGACAACAACUCCAUUCGCCUGUCCAUCAUGUCCUCUGCUACCUGCAUUAUUGGGAAGUUUCGCCUUUACGUUGCCAUCUGGACUCCCUAUGGCAUCAUCAGAACACACAGGAACUCAGCAACUGACACUUAUAUAUUGUUCAACCCCUGGUGCCAAUUGGAUGCCGUGUACCUGGAUGACGAGAAGGAAAGGGAAGAAUAUGUCUUGAAUGAUGUUGGUAUUGUUUUCCAUGGAGACGUCAAUGAAGUGAAAUUCAGAAGCUGGAGUUACGGUCAGUUUGAAGAAAACAUUCUGGAUGCUUGCCUUUUCCUGAUGGACAAGGCAGAACUGGAGUUGUCUGGGCGUGGAAACCCAAUCAAAAUCUGCCGUGUUGCCUCUGCAGUGAUCAAUUCCAAGGAUGAUAAUGGUGUUUUGGCUGGAUCAUGGGACAAUCUCUAUGCUUAUGGAGUCCCACCUUCAGCCUGGACAGGAAGUGUGGACAUCCUCUUGGAAUAUUACAGUUCUAAGCAACCAGUGCGAUAUGGACAGUGCUGGGUCUUUGCUGGUGUCUUCAACACGUUUCUGAGGUGCCUGGGGAUACCUGCAAGACUCAUUACCAAUUAUUCUUCUGCUCAUGACAACAAUGCCAAUUUACAGUUGGACUUCUUUCUGGAUGAUGAAGGGCAGGUGGACAACAGAUUGACCAAAGACUCUAUUUGGAACUAUCAUUGCUGGAAUGAAGCUUGGAUGACCAGACCCGAUCUUCCUGUUGGUUUUGGAGGAUGGCAGGCUGUUGAUGGUACACCCCAAGAGACCAGUGAUGGUAUGUACAGGUGUGGCCCAGCAUCAGUUCUAGCCAUUAAGCAUGGUCAUGUUUGCUUCCAAUUUGAUGCUCCUUUUGUCUACGCUGAGGUGAAUAGUGAUGUUAUUUACUCAAGAAUGGGAAGAAAUGGAUCCCAAGUGAUAGAAAAAAUUGACACAACCCAUAUUGGGAAGCUGAUUGUGACCAAGGGAGUUGGAAGUGAUGAUAUGGUAGACAUUACUGAGAACUACAAAUUCCAAGAAGGCUCAGCAGAAGAAAGACUGGCUUUGGAGACAGCUGUAAUGUAUGGUGUUAAAAAGCAAACUACACAACCGAGCACAUAUCAGCCACAAAAGGAUGUUGAGAUGGAUCUCCAAGUGCAAAACGCAGUCCUUGGCAGUGACUUUAAAGUCACUAUAAUAUUCAGGAACAAGAGCCGCAACUCCUACACUGCUACUACAUACCUUUCAGGCAACAUAGUGUUUUAUACUGGUGUCACAAAGAGUGAAUUCAAGAAGCAUUCUUUCAGUGCAAAACUGGAUCCUCUUUCAUCUAGUGCUUUCGAUGUUAUGAUCACAUCAGCUGAGUAUCUCAGUGACCUGCUGGACCAAGCCUCUUUUCACUUCUUUGUGACAGCACGGAUCAAUGAAACAGGGAAGGUUCUGGCUAUGCAGAAGGCAAUGGUCCUGGAAAUUCCCACCCUGAAAAUCAAGACUAAAGGCGAGAUGGUCGUUGAUAGAGAAAUGUCUGUGGUUGUGGAGUUCACCAACCCUCUGAAGCAAACCCUGGAGAACGUCACACUCCGCCUUGAGGGCCCCGGUGUGCUGAGGACAAUGAAAAAGGAGUUCAGGCAAAUCCCAGCAAUGUCUACCUUGAUCUGGGAAGUGAAAUGCAUCCCAAAACGACCAGGGUUACGAAAGCUGAUUGCAAGCCUGAAUUGUGAUGCUUUGAGGCACGUGUAUGGUGAGCUGAAUAUCCAGAUUCGGAAACCAUGAGGCAAGAUGCCAUCUUCUUCCUUUCAUUUUGUUCUCAUGUUUCAAAAUACCACAUUAGAGGAGGAAAAAGAGACAGUGGUAGAAGUCUGCUUUUUUGUUAUUUUUAUCGUCCUUGGUUUCACUAGAUUCAGUAAGGAAAAGUAAAUGGCAACACAGGGGAUAGCAUAAAAAGAAAUCUGUAUGGUGAAUGAUUCAAAAUUAGAUACACGUAAUCAAAGGCAAUUCUAGGCCAUAUUAUUGCUGUAGUUCACUUGUAUUUAUGGUCUUUUGCAGUAGUGCUGCAAGGGAAUCUGAAAGGCUCCAUUCACCAAAGUAGUCUGAACUUUAGUUUUAAUUAAGGUCUGAUAUUUCACUGAAAAGAAAAAAGGAAGAACCCAAUGUUAUAAAUUCUUAGAGUGAAUUACACAACCUUAUGGUAGAUCGUUCAGGCUGCAAUAAAAACAGGUAUUUCUAGCUAACAGGACUGCUUUAUCUUACAGUGUUAUAAUUUUAGUUAAUGGAGAGCACGUUUUGCUGGAAGCACUUAUUAAGGUGCGGUAUCUCCCAAAUAUUCCCAGCUCUCACUUCUCGCUUGCCACUUCACUGUGCUUUUUCUCCUGGUUUUUUUUUUUUUCAUGUGUCUCUGCACCCAUUCAUAGUCACUCUUUUGCUUCAUACUAUUCCUUUUGUUUGAUUGAUUGAAAAUUCAUAGCUUUUCAUGCUGCUUCUUGGAGUUUAUCACACUAGUCUUGCAUUUUCUGGUCACAUCUCUUGCAUAUGGUAUGUUCUCCAUUCUUUUCUCCUCUUCUUCUCUCCCCAUUUCUCGUGUGUGUAUGUUCUGGGGAGCUCACUGCCCAAAGCAUUCCAGGCUCUGCCACCUGGCACAUGGGGCAAACGAAAGUGGAGUGAGGAGUAGCCAGCCCACAAACCUAACAAACAUCCCAUGUGAACUGUGCCCAAGAGUCCCCAAGAAAUCAUGGCCUGGGAAGGCUGAGGGACAGAAGCUCAGCUUACAGGAAUGAGCAUGCAUCCUGAUGUUCAGAAACUCUGCAAGCUGGUCAGUUUACUGCCUUGCUUGCAGCAAGUUCCUCUGUGGGUGCACUGACGCCUCCUAAGGCCUUGAUCUUCCCCUGAAGUCUUUCUAGCCUGAAGAGUGCUCUGAGUCUGUGGUUCACACUCCACUUUGUAGAAUCAUUCUGAGCUGUGGACUCCCACAUGGUAGGGAAGCAAGCUGUGUGUGUGUGGUAACUUCUCAUCCCUCCUGAACUCUUUCUCAGGACCUUUUUCCUUGUGAGGCAAAAAUGCACGUGCUGCAGUCCCAUACCCAGCUGUGGCCACUCUCUGCUAGCCACAGUGGAUAAGAGCAUAUCCCAUAUGCAAGGCACAGGUGAGAUAAGUGUUUCCCAAGAGGUUUAACCUCGUGCUCAUAAAACACUGUGGCUUUACUGUGCCAGGUCAUUUUGUGGUCUCAUUAGUGAGAGAGCAGGGGAGACAAUUUACCUUCUGCUCCCCUUCUUGCUGCAUAUGGCUUCCUGCAAAACUGGUGACCAGUUGUUAAAAAUAAGUAAGCCCAGGAGGGGGGAAAUGCAGGUUGCCCUUUUGCUGAAGUAUGUGGAGCAAAGCAGAGAUUCACACCACCUCACCUGUUCAGUGAAUAACCAUGGAUUCAGGAACACCAAACCCUUUGGAGCUUUUGCUUCAGACAUGGUGACACUCUCAUUUUGUACAGCUUAUGGGGACUGCACUGUGUACUCUGCAAUGUCAAAAUCUCCUGGAGAAAUCCUCUGGGGCACAAGGGACACAACAGUAUGUUGUAAAUGCACAGUGACCAUCCCUGUUAAGUGAUUCAGCAGUUUUAAUGGAGUGUACAUCAUCUAAUACAAUUAUCCACUUUUUGCUCUUGUCUAUAAACCUGCUUUCCAUGCUAAUCUUUUAUUACUACAAUGUAAUAGGAAUUUACAAUAAAGUAUAUCUGAU